CUUGUCUGAAUCACACAGAAAUAGAAACCGUUAUUCUUUUCGACUUCUAGCAACCUCCAAUCACCGAAAAUGGGAGACAAUGAUCAGUUCUUGGCUGCCGCCAUUGAUGCCGCUCAGAAAGCUGGAGAAGUCAUUCGUAAAGGAUUUUACGAGACCAAACAUGUUGAACACAAAGGCCAGGUGGAUCUGGUGACGGAGACUGAUAAAAAAUGUGAAGAACUCGUGUUUAAUCAUCUCAAGCAGCUCUUUCCCAACCACAAGUUCAUAGGAGAAGAAACAACAGCUGCGAAUGGUGUGAGUGAGUUAACAGAUGAACCAACUUGGAUUGUUGAUCCUGUUGAUGGAACUACAAAUUUCGUUCACGGGUUCCCUUUUGUGUGUGUUUCCAUUGGCCUUACUAUUGGGAAAGUCCCUGUGGUUGGCGUCGUUUUCAAUCCUAUUAUGGAUGAGCUAUUCACCGGUGUCCAAGGGAAAGGAGCCUUCUUUAAUGGAAAACCAAUCAAAGUGUCAACUCAAAGUGAACUUGUAACCGCUUUGCUCCUAGCAGAGGCGGGCGUUAAACGAGAUAAAGCUACAUUAGACGAUGCAACCAACAGGAUCAACAGUUUGUUAACCAAGGUUAGGAACAUCAGGAUCUGUGGCUCUUGUGCACUGGAUCUCUGCAGUGUGGCGUGUGGGAGGGCUGAUAUCUUCUAUGAAAUCGAAUUUGGCGGUCCAUGGGACGUUGCAGCAGGAGUUGUGAUCGUGAGAGAAGCUGGUGGACUUAUUUUUGAUCCAUCCGGUAAAGAUUUGGACAUCACAUCACAGAGAAUUGCGGCUUCAAACGCUUCUCUCAAGGAGUUGUUCGUGGAGGCGUUGCGGCUUACAAAUGUGUGAAGUCAUCUCUUCUUUUGUUAUGGUCAAACCUCAUGAACUCAUUCAAUAAUCAUAUAUGAUUUGUGUGACUAAUCAAAGCAUUUCUUUUUAGUAUAAUGUCAUAGCCAACUGUUUUUUUCUUUUGAGGUUAUAUUUCUCUUUAUUACGGCACACACUUAUUUUGAAAAGAUUAUACACAAAACAACUUGU